AUGAAAAUGAUAAAUCCUAUCGCUGUGUCACGCUCAAGAUGCUUAAGUCUGCAAAAUAAACUCAAAUGCGGUAACCACGUGAAAGAUGCUCAACGUGAUGUUCCUUGUAUAAAUAUAAUUUUACGAUCCGAUUGCAAAAUGCAUUCAAAUCAAUAUAACCGUCUACAGAAGGAAAGUACCUCGCUGUUUCAACCUAAUGCAGAUUCAAUGAAAACUAAUCUCCAAUCAUCGAAUAUGCUACAAUUCUAUUCGUUUAACAAAAAAUAUAAUCACACUGCCUUUCGUACAGAAAAUUGCUUUGAUAUGUCGCAGUCAGUAGGAGGAAUGCACUAUGAAAGAAAAUACGAUCGAGACAACGAUGGUUUAAUCUUUAAUAAUAUUUCACAACUUAGAUACAAUAAUAAUCCAUCAUUUCUAUGUCAUCCUGUUCCAUCGAAUGAAAUAUCGAACAAUAACACGUUUCGAUCGAAUUCACUUAAGACAAGCUUAUUUUCCCAAAUUAAUGGAACAAAACAAACAACACCGUUGAGCACCGUUGAGGAUACAGUGAGAAAUUUUGGUGUAGAUGAUAUUAAGGCGAAUUUUAACGCGAGCAAACUUGUCGGAUGUCCCGUGAAAUUUUCUAAAAAAUUGCCUACCAACAGUUUCCCGGUAACAAAUUUGGCUAGUAGCAUGAAACAAAUAAACGGUAGCAAUGAAGUUUCUAAAAUGAUAAAAACAGAUUUAUCAUUAAACUCGGCACAAAUUUCUAAUGUUAAAGAAAAUUCUAUUAAGCUUCUAAGUCUUCCUAUGAAUUUCAAAUCACCUUUGGAGAAUUCUACAAAUUUACAAUUGAAAUCUCCAAAUAUGCUACUUAAUUCCGAAUUUACGAAAUUGGGAAGUUUAGUUACACCUAUAACUGAUAGGCCGUGCAAGGAACUUUUUUAUGCGAGUUCUCCUACAGAUUCUCACGUUACCAGAAAUUUCAUGAAAAAUAACGAGAUUGAAAGCACCAUGUGCAUUAAUGAAACGAUCAGUACAUACAAGGACAAGUGCGAAGAACACGAGCCAAAAGCAAAUUGUCGUAAAGAUAAAUUCGAUAAAAGUACAUUGGUAAUUGAAAAAUUUGCAAAAUUUUCAAACCCGGAAAGUAUAGAUAUCUGUACAAAUGUCAAUUGUAAUGAAAUUAACUGUUCCAUGUUGAAUGCAAAACGAGACGAAUAUGAAGACAGAUUUUCAAAUAUUAGAAAUAUAAAUGAUUACGAAUGCGUGGAUAAAUGUACAAGUACAAUUGACAAUGCUUUAGACAUACUGCAAAAUAUGGUGAGGAGCGUUAAAAGGUUCAGAGAUAAAGAUAUGAAAAAAUGUAAUGAUCAAAAUUAUCAGUUCAAAGAAGUAAAAUGUAAAAAUAUGGAUUGCAUCUACAAGAACGGAAGAAAUAGGGUUCUUUUAGCAAAAAUAAAUUCAGCAGAAAUAAUGAGACCAAAGAUGUUACAGGAAAUAAAAAAACAUGCCGAUACAUUAGAGGAAGAGUUAACCACUGUGGCCAACAAAGGUAUAAGAACUAAGAAAAAGAGAAAUGAAAAAUUAGUUGUAGACAAAUCUAAUGUUAAACAAUACAGUGAUAUGAUUACACAGAAUCCUGAAAAGAGAAAUAUUUAUAUACAGGAACCAUGUUCACACGAUGAUAUCAAAUAUCUCCAAAGUCCGCUAUUAAGACUAGAAACUAAUUUUAAUUCACGACAUGUUAAAAGACCAGAUGUCAUUCUUUCUCGAAUCCAUAAAAAAGGCAUCUAUAAGAAAGAUCACAAUGAAAAUGAUAACGGUUAUGAAAGAAAUAAUAUUAAAUCGUUGAUAUAUCCUGGCGAUAACUAUUCAACAAAUGUAAAAAAUGUCCAUGUUCAAUGUGCAAGAUCUGUGUCUUUCCGCAUUUUUGAUUCGUCAAAUUUUAGACCAAUUGCUACGUCCACGCCUAGAAAUAUCGAUGCACCAAAGAACAAGGAAACUCUUUGUCACAUGUCAACUUGCACCCAAACAACUUCUAUAUCCGAAGAAAGUUUACGAAUAAGGCAAGUCAAGAAAACUACAUCGACUGAAUUAAUAAAUGAUUAUUCGAUAGGACAAGAAAACAAGACGAUCAAUUUGGUAAACGUGAAUAAAGAAAUAUCCUCGUGUUGUGAUGAAAAGGCAAUUAUAAUGCUAUUUUUAACGAAAAACUUGAAUAGUAAAUGUUUGAAGACUAAAUAUAAAAGAUCAGAGUUCUUAAAUUUUAGGUCAAAAUGUUUGACCGGUACAUGUGUUAUAUGCGGUAAGAAGAAACUGAUUAAAUAUGGUUUGUCCAGGCGAAAGAAGCGAAUACCUGUGGCAUUUAAAUUAAUGUCUGUAACAUAUAAAAGUGAAGCUGUUCGCUCUAAUGGAAAUCAUUGCGACUAUGAAAAGUGCUCAGUGAAUGACUGCAAAGUAUCAGAUUUAUUAAAUACUGUAUACACGCAAUCCUCCAAUUUACAGAUCACAACUGCCACCUCAGUUCCUUGUAUCUCGGUUGGCAACACAAACAACGUGAAAAAUUUUGAUGAAGAGAGAAUAGCAAGAAAUGACGGCUGCAUAUUAAGUUAACAAUUAAUAAGAAAUAAAAUUGAUAAUAGAGUGCAGUUAUCUAUUGAAAUAAAUGUAAAUCAUAGUACACCAAUUGUAAGGUCUUAAUUUAUAACCUGAUUCUAGUAAUAACAAACAAAGCUUGGUUAUUUGCAAGCAAAGCCUAAGUUGCUUGUAAUUUUCUAUUCUUGUGGGGUGAUAUCGAUUGUAUGUAGUAAUAUAGAGAAUAAAAAUGUUUUUAUAUCAUCAUGAUAUCUAACAGGAACGAGAUCUAAGGAUAAUAUUUUUCACUGUAACUUUUAAGAUUAUUGUAAAAUUUUAAGUUGACGAUAAGACUGCAUUAUCAUUACUAUUUAACAGAAAUUGUUAUUAUAUUGCGCGUACGACUGAUAUAUCAUAAGGAAAGCUUAUUGUAUUUGUCUAUAUAAUUUACUUCUGCAAUUAAUAAAGUAAAAACGUGAUUGUAAAGUAAUAAAA